CACUUCCCCGCACACAGUCGCACUGCAGAAACUCUUCAAGUCUCGUCCUUCUUACACAUGUGAUAUUAAUAUGUCUGAAGAUUCCGGUAGAUGUUGAUCUGACGUUUCCUCUAAGUCCCAAUUCUCUGACCACUUUCUCCUCUGUGGAUUUACAAUGCUGUCGGCCGACUGGAGAAUGAGCCCAGGAAACCGAUGCUUCUGGCUCCGCCCCUUUGGAAUGUGGUGAAUACAUUGUAUCGGCAUGACGUUUCUCAGUUCUAAAGCAUCUCCUGGACUCUGGCAGCCGCUGGUAUAAUUUAUUCCGGCAACCUCCCAGACCAAGAUAACCUGUUCAGUCAGCUGGAGCCCCCUGCGGACAGCUGUCUCCCUUUUAGCUGAUGGAAAACUGCCACUAGCCAGUGAAUAGAAGGAGGAUGUAGCAGAGCCUGACAAUACCACAGAAGCCUCAGCAUCAGCACUAGCUCUAUGCUCCUCUAUUGUUCCUUGGUGUUAAAUGCUUCUUCCUGCUCAACUGGCCUGCACAAUAGCUGGAGAGCUCCCUGCUCCUCAGGGCUGACACAAUAAAGGACAACUGAGGGCUAAACCCCAUCUCAAGUGGAGCUCUUCCCAUUGUGUUCCAGCCUCGACCACAUAUCCGCCUUUUCCGAAAGGCAAUGGGUCUACCGGGGAGAUGCCCCUUAUCCUUCCCCGAUUCCUGCUGUGGAGUGAUUGUGCUUAUCCUGCUGGUGGCUUUAUGGGAAGCGGAUUCACAGGGCGAGCACGACAGCAAAAGUAUAUACGUGUGGAAUACAGGUCCAUGGGGAAGAUGUAUGGGGGAUGAAUGUGGACCAGGUGGCAUUCAGACAAGGACGGUCUGGUGCGCACACACCGAAGGGUGGACAACUCUCCCCACAAAUUGUAAACAGACAGAAAGACCUGAAAACCAGCAAAACUGUUUUAGAGUUUGUGACUGGCAUAAAGAACUCUAUGACUGGCAAUUGGGUAGUUGGAACCAGUGCGCACCGGUCACAUCGAGGUUAUCGGAGAAGCCAACAGAAUGCACGCAAGGCGAGGAAGGAAUCCAGACGAGAGAGGUCGUCUGUCUACAGAAAGCCACCGGGACGGAAGCGGAUGAUAGUAUAUGUCAAUACUUUGAGCCCAAACCCCGACUGGAACAAGGUUGCCUUAUUCCCUGUCCUCAGGAUUGUAUCGCAUCAGAUUUUUCUCCGUGGUCGGAAUGCUCGAAAACAUGCGGCGAUGGAUUAAAACACAGAACGCGCUAUGUGGUGGCCUUGCCGCAGUUUGGUGGCUCGGGUUGUCCCAACCUGACAGAAUUUCAGGUCUGUCAAGGUCCCCCAUGCGAAGGAGAAGGAAGCAUGUACAGCCUGAACGUUGGACCUUGGAGUUUUUGCUCAAUACCGAUUUCUAGACACGUAAGACAAGCCGGGGGGAAGAGGGGUAGGAACAGGGAACGGGCUAAAGAACGAGAAAAGGCCAUCAAGGACCCAGAGGCCAGAGAGCUGAUUAAGAAGAAGAGGAACCGCAACAGGAAGAAUCGGCAGGAAAACAGAUACUGGGAUAUACAAAUCGGGUAUCAGACACGACUGGUGACCUGCAUGCACAAAAACGGGAAAACAGCGGCCCUGAGCUUUUGUGAACAGGAGAAGCUACCCAUCACGUUCCAAGCAUGUGUGGUUGAUAAGGACUGUCAAGUAUCCGAGUGGUCAGAAUGGAGUUCUUGCUCUACGGAUUGUGAUUCGUCUCCUCCCAGCGGCCAUCGGACGAGGAAACGGACCAUGAAGCAGCUGCCGGUCGGCCUAGGGAAGGAAUGUCCGGAGCUGGAGGAGACGGAGUCAUGUACCCCACAGGCGGAGGGGUUACAGGCCUGCAUCAAGUAUGCGUGGAGAUCCACGGAGUGGACAGAAUGCCGGGUCGAUCCCCUACUCAAUCAACAGGACAAGAGGAGGGCGAACCAUACGGCGCUGUGCGGGGGAGGAAUCCAGACGCGAGAAAUCUACUGCGUGCAAGCGAAUGAAAAUCUUCUUCAAUACCUCAAUACAGUAAAAGACAAAGAAGACAGCCACGCGUAUGGCACAUCAAAGUCCAGCGAGGCGCCGCUCCUGUCAAUUACUUUCGAAAUAACAGCAUCCAAGCCAGUGGAUAACAAGCUGUGCACCGACCCCUCAUUGAGUACCAGUCAGCUUUGCCACGUGCCGUGUCCAAUAGAGUGUGAGGUGUCCGCGUGGUCAGCAUGGGGACCCUGUACAUUCGAGAACUGCGAUGACCAACAGAGUAAGAAGGGUUUCAAGCUUAGGAAACGUUACAUCACCAAUGAACCCACCGGUGGGACUGGAAAUUGUCCACAUCUUGUAGAAGCCAUUCCAUGCGAGGAACCAUCAUGUUAUGACUGGAGGUUGGACAAACUGGAAGAAUGUAUCCCUGAUAAUGGGAAUAACUGCGGAAGCGGAACACAAGUACCCGUGGUCACGUGUAUCAACAGCGAUGGAGAAGAAGUGGACAGACAGCUCUGUAGAGACGCCAUUUACCCCAUCCCUAUUGCCUGUGACGUUCCAUGUCCCAAUGAUUGUGUGGUGAGCUCCUGGUCCGAGUGGUCAGCCUGCUCCCAUACCUGCUCCGGAAAGACCACCGAGGGACAACAGACCCGAUCCCGCACCAUCCUGGCCUACCCCGGUGACGGAGGUGUUCAAUGCCCGGAAAGUAACGCUCUUCAAGAGAUCCGCAGCUGCAACGAGCACCCCUGUACGGUAUAUCAUUGGCACACGGGCCCCUGGGGCCAGUGCACCGAAGAUCUUUCUGUCUCCGUCUUUAACUCUUCCAGUUGGAAUGGUGAGGCUGCGUGUGCGCUUGGGAUGCAGACCAGGAAAGUCAUCUGUGUUAGAGUCAAUGUUGGACAAGUUGGACCUAAAAAAUGUCCUGAAAGUCUUCGCCCGGAGACAAUGAGGCCAUGCUUGCUGCCAUGCCGAAAAGACUGUCUUGUCACCCCAUAUAGUGACUGGACUCCGUGCCCUACCACCUGUCAAGAAGGCGUGGCUCCUGUGAAGAAGCAGACCCGUCACCGUGUCAUUAUUCAGUACCCGUCCUAUGGAGGCCGUGACUGUCCUGACACAUUACAUGAAGAGAACGAGUGUGAGCCACCCACCGCCUGUCACACUUACAGGUGGAAAACUCAUAAAUGGAGAAGAUGCCAGCUGGUUCCUUGGUACGUCAGACAAGACAGCCCCGGAGCCUACGAGACGUGCGGACCUGGACUUCAAGCAAGAGCCAUCACUUGUCGAAGGCAGGAUGGAGUACAAUCAGACAUUAUGGAAUGCCUCAAGCAUGCUGGUCCUCUGCCUCCAUUAACCCAGCUGUGCCAGAUACCAUGCCAGGAUGACUGCCAGUUUACCAACUGGUCCAAAUUUUCACCUUGUAAUGGAGACUGUGGAGCCAUCAGGACACGGAAGCGAUCUCUUCUCGGAAAAAGUAAGAAGAAAGACAAAUGUAAAAAUUCCCAGCUGUACCCACUGAUUGAGACGCAGUUCUGCCCGUGUGAUAAGUACAAUGCUCAACCUGUGGGGAACUGGUCGGACUGUAUUCUGCCCGAAGGGAAAGUGGAGGUUCUUCUUGGAAUGAAAGUUCAAGGAGACAUCAAGGAGUGUGGCCAAGGAUAUCGCUACCAAGCCAUGGCGUGCUACGACCAGAACAACCGGCUGGUGGAAACCUCAAGGUGUAACAGUCACGGAUACAUAGAGGAAGCCUGUAUUAUUCCCUGCCCCUCCGACUGUAAGCUCAGCGAAUGGUCCAACUGGUCGCGAUGCAGCAAAUCAUGUGGAAGCGGAGUCAAGGUUCGAUCCAAAUGGCUGCGUGAGAAGCCGUAUAAUGGAGGAAGGCCCUGCCCAAAACUGGACCAUACCAACCAGGCUCAGGUGUAUGAAGUGGUGCCGUGUCACAGUGACUGCAACCAGUACGUUUGGAUCACAGAGCCGUGGAGCGUGUGCAAAGUCACCAAUGUGGACCUCAAGCAGAACUGUGGAGAAGGGGUGCAGACCAAGAAAGUCCGAUGCAUGCAGAACACAGUGGAUGGCCCCGCCGAUGUUGUAGAAGACUAUCUGUGUGAGCCGGAGGAGAUGCCUCUAGGAGCCAGAAAUUGCAAGUUGCCUUGUCCUGAGGACUGCGUCAUGUCAGAGUGGAGUGAAUGGAGCAAGUGUCCUUUGCCUUGUGACGGUGCCGGAUUUCGGGAGCGGUCGGCUGUGCCCAUUCGGCAGGCGGCAGAAGGAAAAACCUGCCAUAUUGCAACCGAAACUGAACCUUGUGUCUUGAACAAGAACUGUUUCCACUAUGAAUACAAUGUGACAGAUUGGAGCACAUGUCAGCUCAGUGACAAGGCCGUGUGUGGGAACGGAAUCAAGACCAGGAUGCUGGACUGUGUACGGAGUGAUGCCAAGUCAGUGGCCUUAAACUUCUGUGAAGAGCUUGGAUUGGAGAAAACCUGGCAGAUGAACACGACUUGUGUUGUCGAAUGUCCCGUCAAUUGUCAACUCUCUGACUGGUCUCCGUGGUCCAAGUGCUCAACAAUUUGUGGCCUUGCAGGGAAGAUGGCCCGGAGGAGGACAGUGAUCCAGCCUUCCCAAGGAGAUGGGAGACCUUGUCCUACCCAGAUGGAACAAUCCAAGCCAUGUCCAGUCAAGCCGUGUUACAGGUGGAAGUAUGGGCGCUGGUCCCAGUGUACAGUGGAGGAUGCUAAAUGUGGAGAAGGCACCAGAUUCAGGAACAUGUCCUGUGUAGUUUAUGACGGAUCCCGGGAAGACUCUGGAAAAGUGGUUGACGAAGAGUUUUGUGGGGAAAUAGAACUUGUUGUGGAUGGAGACAAGAACAUAGUCCUGGAGGAGUCCUGCACCGUGCCUUGUCCAGGUGACUGCUACCUAAAUGAAUGGUCUGAGUGGAGUUUGUGCCAAUUGACUUGUGUCAAUCAACAAGAUCUUGGUUUCGGAGGGGUUAAAGUGCGAUCAAGGGCGGUGAUAAUCCAAGAGCUGGAAAACCAACAAUUGUGCCCAGAACAAGCCUUCGAGUCCAGGUCAUGUCAUGAGGGACGGUGCUUUGAAUACAAUUGGUUGACUGGUUCAUGGAAAGGAUCUUCCCGGACAGUUUGGUGUCAGCGAUCGGACGGCAUGAAUGUGACAGGGGGCUGUUUUGAAGUCUUUAAACCAGAGAGUGAACGGAUGUGCAGCCCCCCGUGUACCCAGCAGCACUCGUAUUGUACUGAGUAUGGAUCGUGCGGCUGUGAAGACGGGUACACAGAGGUCACCUCCUCCGAUGGGACUCUGGAUCAGUGCACUCUGAUUCCUGUCGUUGUUAUGCCGACUAGUGGAGACAAGAGAGGAGAUGUGAAAACCAGCCGCGCCAUUAACCCAACCCAACCGUCCAGCAGUCAGUCAGGCUACGGGGGAAGGACAUGGUUUUUGCAGCCAUUUGGAUCAGAUGGGAAGCUGAAGACCUGGGUGUAUGGGGUGGCAGCAGGUGCCUUUGUGUUGCUCUUAUUUGUGGUUUCUAUGAUCUAUCUGGCUUGUAAAAAGCCAAAGAAACCACCAAGAAGACAAAACAACCGCCUGAAACCAUUGACUUUGGCUUACGAUGGAGACGCGGAUAUGUAAAUAAAUAAAAAAAUAUAAAAAAAACGGAAACAAAGAAAACUUGAAAAAAUAUACAUUCCUCCUUGGAAAGUGACAGCGUUGUUGUGAGGAUGAACGUCGUUGCGGCAGCUUAAGCACAGUCUAGAAAAAUGCAACGUGUUUUUUUUUUUUUAACCCCAAAAACUUGACUUAGCGGGAAAACUGUCUUCAAAUAUAUGUACAUACUACUUGGUCUGUUACAAGACUUGACCUUCACCCCAUAUAACCAAUACGCAUGAACCUUAUACCGUACACCAAGAUCUCGACAAUAUGGUCGUCAGAUAACUUACGUUUCGUGGCAUCAUUUUGGGGUUCGAUGUAAAUAUAACUCUCCGAUGAAGAAGAACGAUCUUCGAGAAAGUGCAACGCUCGAGCAGUUUACAGACUUAAGGAAAAAAAAUUAAAAAGUGCGGGACCACAGGACCAACCAAAUUACGAAAACUUUUUUUGUGCCAGAACAUUGUGAAAUGCGUCGGCGUCCUGAAAUGCAGUAUUUUUUAGUAAUGACCCUCUGGAACGACACACUUGUAUAUUACACCAUGUUUCUACUUUCUCUAACUCUCCUAAUCUUGCCUUCAUCUUGUUUUUGUUUUGUUUUUUGCGGUAUGUAAGGCAGGACUUGCACUAUAUUAGUGCAGCAUGUUAUGCACUUAUUUAGAAUUGCCAUAGAAAAUGCCUCAUUUCAUAAGGGAUGGUGUCUUGUGAUAGACGCGUCAAGUAGACAUUUUACAAUUGUAAAAAAGGAAGGAAAAAAAAACAAAAAAAUUUAAAAACCUGGCGGAGAGUAGAGUUUUUGUGACGGGAUCUACAAUCUGUACAUAAAUCAGCUCUUUUCUAGAUAGAUAAAGUUGUGUUUCUUGUUUGUCGAUAACCCUUCAUGUUUAGAUUUAAUAUGGACUCUUUAGGUUUUUUCAGUCCUAAAUUCUCCCAAAUUGUCUGUACAUUACGUUCAUUAAUGCCACGCCCCAAGAAAGGAACAAUUCUGAAGUUACUGAAAUUUCUUUUUUUUUAUUUUAUUUAAAUUGAUUUUUUUUAAAUAAAUACAUAAAUAAAAUUAUAUUCAAAGUCAUUCACUUUCAAAAAGCCCUAUUUGUUAAGGAACCUCACAAAGUGUCCUCCUGCUGGGAUCCCCAGCGAUCGUCUGUAAGUGUUCAGUUUCUCUGCAGCACUCCUACAGGAGAAAUAAGGCAUUGCACAUUGUCCAUUCAAAUCAAUGGGUUGUCUGUGUAUCGCAGGACAGGACAGGUUCUCCCUGGCGAGAAAGAGGGUCUCAUUGUGUAGAGAGAUGAUGGCCCCUAAAAGAGGUUUUUACCUUAUUUAUAUACUUGCUGAAAAAUGAGGAAUCUUAAAAAAGAAAAAACUUUUUCGUACUGUAUAAAACUUAAUAUUCCCAAACAGGGUAUAUGAAACUAAGACUUUCUAAUCUGGACAAACCCUUUGUUUCCCAACCAGUGUGCCUCCAGCUGUUAGAAAACUACAACUCCCAGCAUGCCCGAACAGUCGAAGGCUUUAACCCUUCUAGCUUAGGCUAAGUUUCCACUUGAGUUUAUUUUUUUUUCCCCCUGCAAAAAUGUCAUAACAGCCAUGUUAAAGGGGUACUCCGCCCCUAGACAUCUUCUCCCCUAUCCCAGAUGUCUGAUCGCAGGGGUCCCACCGCAUCCCAUAUUUUCCUUUUCUUUUUUUUAUGUUUUCUUGGCAUUUUGGGCAGUUUUCCAAAAUAGCAGCAGAGACUGUUGAGACUAUGGUAUUUUUUUUCAAGAAAUCUUGGCAUUUCUCUCGCAUAAAAGUCUAUGGGAGAGAAAAAAAAAUGCCAUGUGGGUUAAGCAUUGGUGUUUUUUUCUGACUUUUUUUUACCCCGCUAUUUCUUCAACAGAAAUCCUUGAGUCACAUGAUGAAAGGAUCACAUGACUUGUCAUGCAAAAAAAAUAAUCAGGGGAUAAAACACCAAAGGAAAAAAAAAUGCUAAGAAAAAAACACACUAUUUUUGGAAGAAAAAAAAAAGUGCAACAAAAACUGCAUCUUAGGAGAGCAAAAUUAAAGGGGUACUCCCGUGGAAAACCUUUUU